UUGACCUUGCAGCCACUCAAGACAAGCCUUGUGAGUAAGUUCCCUUGCUUAUUAACCCCAACACCCAUCAAUCUAGAGUGGUCUGCCUCUGUCUUCGGUCUCUCCUUGCCCUCCAUGUACAGUGACCAAUUUGUGAGCCAACAGUUGGUGAACCAGCCAGGAAACCGAAGAAACGGGCUUUGGGAAAGAGGUGUCACGGGAGAAAUCCCGAGUUGGCCAUCAGCCUUUCUGUGGGAGGUGGCAUGUAUGUCAGAUGCUUAUGGACCCCCAGAUGAGUAUGGGGACACAUGAAAACACUGGCUGGUUCGGUGCACUCGUUGGAGCCACUGUGCAGAGCGCUCUGUGGCAGAGAAGAGAAACAAAUGACUGCAGGAUGGGUGGGCUGCUACUGUGGGCGGCUUGGUGGGCCUCCCUAGCUUAACUAGAGGCUGAAGGUCUAGUUAGAAGGUUGGAAGAAGAGCUGGGGUUGGAGAAAGAUGUGCGGUGCCCGCUGCUCUGCUGGCUUCGGGGCUGGCAGACAAGGCAUGGGUUGGGCGCUACGACAGAGACGGCAGGAAGAGAUGACCUCUAGAACUUUGGUCCAAGCUCUGGAAGGGGGCAGAGACCCGAUGGUGGGUAGUGGGUUGACUGAGGUGCUGGCCAUCUUCUGCUAUGUGGCCACAAAUGGGAUCUUGAUCCCCUGUUAACAGGGAGGAGCUAGCAAUGUAAUGGGUGAGGGCAGAAAUAGGAGAAGUGAGUGCUCAGAAGAGUGGGAAACUCUACCCUGGCUCCUGGCCACCCUUAUGCCAUCCCAUCCCCCCUUUCCCCUUUAGUUUCUGCACGCUUCUGCUUGCUGCCUAACAUUUUACAGGAGUUUGUCAUCAUUUUCCGUGGGGCCACUGGUCCGAUAGGAACUACUCCUCUUACCAGAAGCCAGAAAUGCUUCUCAGUGAAUUGAAAAAUAGUUUUUGGUCAUGUUAAAAAUUCCCAUCUGUAAAUCUAUAGCUUAAUUUGGGACAAAACCAGGAGGAUUUCAAUGUUAAACCUAACCAUCCAGCGUGGUAUAUGUCUCCUUUAUUUAUUCUAGCCAGAUUUAUAUCUUGGAGUUGCCAAAGAAAAAAAUCCAACUGAGUACACUUGAAGAUCCACUGGCUUUAUUAAGGACUCAUGAAUCGGCAGCAUCUCAUGUAGCAAGCAGAGGGGAGCUCUGAGGCAUUGUACAAAACGGAUGGUUUUCAAAGGAAGGAGGGUGGGGCAAGGAAGUUAUUAGCAAACGACCCCCAUCCCUAAACAGAAUAGCAGAAGAUUGGAGAAGAGGAGUUGAGACAGAGCCUGAGUCGAGGCUGGGUCAUGGUGUCCACAUGUUCCAAGGUGAGCAUGCCCUGCACGAGGGUGCUCUCUGCCCCCACUAGGUCAUCGCUAAGGGUCACCUUGCCCAUUUAUGCUGUAGAUAACAGCAACUCUUAUUUCGUGGAGUAAAUAUAGAAUGCUCAACAAACACUCGUGUUGUCUUCAAGUCUCCAACGCAGGAUCCUUCAAGAUAUUUCCAUAUUUGACAGCCACCUCAAGUCUUCCCUGACCUUUGCAAGAGACGUCCUGAUAUGGAAAAAAAAAAAAAAAAAAAAAAAAGGACAAAACCAAAGAGCUAGUGCUGCACUCCCUGUUUAGAGAAAGCUGCCUUAGCAACAUCAUAGAUCUUUCUGGGUGUGCUCCAUGUUACCCGUGCAUGGGAGGAAAGAGCAUUAAGAGUUUUCAGUUAAGGGCACAUCCACCAGAGAGGUUAGUUAUGCUUGGAGACUGGGGCACUGGGGACUCCUCAGAGCUUGGUCACAGCCCUUUAGGACACCAUUAACAGAAAUAGGAGGAGAGCCAAUGAAGCGGGUAUCCACAGUCUUGUUCUGAGAAUUGGAUAAAAAGCAAGAGUGAGUUAGAAUGAUCCUUGGAGAGAGCAGCGAAGGCAGGUGAGUUUUCCCUAGGUACAGGGAAUUGAUCUCUCCCUGUGUGCAAGCAGAAGGGUGGGGCCAGUGGUGAAAGACCGGGAUAGAUUUAGUUUGUAAUGAUUAACAUAAGGAAGGCACGCUGCCUGCCAGUUACUUGCCCUUCUGAGUGACUCAAUGAUAAGAUAAAGAUGAUGGAAAUAAAUGCAGGAGACACAGCCUGAUUGGAAAAGUCAGCUGCUUUGAGCUUCUAUGGACAUGGCUGCAGGAUUCCUGGUUCCCCUGCCGGCGCUCACGGGGCUGUUGCUGUUCCUGUGUGUCGGGCCCCGGGCUGAAGGUGGGAAGGUGCUGGUCUUGCCCAUGGAUGGCAGCCACUGGCUCAGCAUGAAGGAGGCCCUGCAGGAGCUCCAUGCCAGAGGCCACGAAAUAGUGGUCGUUUCGCCAGAGGUGAAUCUGCAUAUCAAAAAAGAGGACUUUUUCACCCUGAUGACCUACGCCAUUCCGUACACCCAGGAGGAAUUUGAUGACCUCUUUCUGAGCCAGUCUUAUCUGGUUUUUGAAAAACUACAUUUUCUAAAGAUGUUUUUGAAAAUCAUGGAAAAUUUGAAAACUGCUUCUUUGAUUUUUCAAACGUCUUGCAAGGAGCUGAUGUAUAACAAGGACCUGGUCGGGCACCUGAACUCCAGUUCCUUUGAUGUGGUUUUAACAGAUCCUGUUUACCCCUGUGGGGCAGUCCUGGCUAAGUACCUGUCACUGCCUGCCGUGUUUUUUUUGCGCUAUAUUCCAUGCGACUUAGAUUUUGAGGGCACGCAGUGCCCAAACCCUUCCUCAUAUAUUCCUAGGCUAUUAACAAUGAAUUCAGACCACAUGACAUUCCUGCAAAGGGUCAAGAACAUGCUCUAUCCUCUGAUCCUGAAGUACAUUUGCCACAUUGCUUUCACUCCUUACGCAAGCCUCGCCUCUGAGCUCCUGCAGAGAGAGGUGUCGGUGGUGGAUGUUUUCAGCUCCGCAUCCAUGUGGCUGUUCAGAGGAGACUUUGUACUGGACUAUCCCAGGCCAGUGAUGCCCAACAUGGUCUUCAUCGGGGGCAUAAACUGUGCCAACGGGAAGCCAUUAUCACAGGUUGCUUCCACUAGAGCUGUUGAGAUCCAUGGCUUCUGAGUGACCCCAGUAUGCCACCCAACUGAAGACUUUCCUGAACAAUGAAGACUUAUGUUAACCAAUUGUACAGACACAAAUGCACUUAUUGUGUCCUACACAGAGCAGUAGUUGUUAACUCUUAAUUAGCAUAACCACCAUGAAAGUGUGCACUUUCCUAUCACUUCAAAACUCCUGACAUCCCUUCUCCCCCUGCUCCUCCUCCCCUCCCCACCAACAACGAUGAAUAUCUUCACUGGUGAGUCCCCUUGCCUGGCAGGCAAAUGAACUCAUUUUUUUAAAAGCUCUGGCAGUCUUCUUUAUUAUAAUACUUCUUGUACAAUUAGUGGCUAAGAAGCACUACCCAGGAUACCUCAGUGACCACUUGACGUGGUUUUAACAGACUGUGUGCCCUUGUGGGAUAGUAAUGGCUGAAUCCUAUGUUCCUGCUAGGUCUUGUAUGCACACCAUUCCAUGGGGAUUGGGCUUAACUCAACUUCACGUGUUCUUAAUUAAGUGUGCUCAGGCCACAUGAGCUUCCUGUAAAGAAUUACAAAUAAUGCUGCACUUUUAGUCUAUCCAGUUCGGUUGCCUUUUUGCUCCCAUGUCUUACGCAAACUUUUCCUUAGACACAACCAAAGGGGAUGGAUGACACAUUUUGUGAUGGGCUAUCCCAAGGUAGCCAUGCCCAAAACAGUUUUCACGACGGGGAUAAACCGUGGCAACAGAAAUGUAUUCUCUCCAAUAUGCAUAUGCUGCCUCACCCAACCAGUAUCCCAGGCUCUCCUAUAUUCCUGGCUUUUGUCAACCUAUUUUAAAAUAGAUACAUUCUGCACAUGGCAAUGGGAUAGUUUUGUGUAGUUUUAUGGAAAUACUUUCCACAUUUCCAUAAAUCACAGUUGUAGAACCAAGCUGGGUACAGGCUAGUAAUCCUAUUUGUGUUGGGUUUUGAGUAAUCACUACCACUGGUUUACUGCUUACGUGACCUGAACGGCAUCCUAGGGAUGUUGCUAACUAAUCAUGUAACCGUGAAGAAUUCACUUAAGUAUUUUGCUCAAGAAUUCACUUAAGUAUUUUCCCCACUUUGGAGGGAAUAUGUUCCUGCUAACACUGAUGUCAGUCCAUGAAACUCACUUUAGACUUCCGACCUCCAGAUCUUUAAGAGAAUAAAUGUGCCUUGUUUUAAGCCACCAAAUUUGUGGUAAUUUGUUCCAAUAGCCAUUGGAACCGAAUACACCACUUUGUCAGGUUAACCUGUUUUUUAAAAAGGCUACAUUUAAUACUAUAUUUAAACGGAAAACUCUUACUAGUCACUGGCAUUUAUGUGGGACUAAAAAGCAUCUUUAAGCCAGAAGGAUUAAUAUACUCACAUCCUUUACUACCAUGUGUUGAAAAAUCGGAAGUAAAACGAGUUAUCUUGGCAACGUUAACUUC